CCCUUCCCCACCCCCCAAUCCCACAACAGCAAACCAAAUCCCCCAAGACCAAAAAAGGCCCCAGCAACCCAAGCGCGUCGACCCCAUCUACUUUCAGAGAUUUUAUUAGUCGAGAUGGCACAGGCGAUCGAGGCUCAGAGGGAGGGCGCAGAGGUGUACCACGGCGCGGCGCUGUGCGCGGAGAAGGCGGUGGAGCUGCUGGCCGAGACCAACAUGCCGCUGGGCCUGCUGCCGCUGGCGGACAUCCAGGAGGUGGGCUACAACCGCGCCACCGGCUUCGUGUGGCUGCGCCAGAAGAAGGCGCUCACGCACACCUUCAAGCAGAUCGGGCGGCAGGUCUCGUACGCCACCGAGGUGACGGCCUUCGUCGAGGACCGCAAGAUGAAGCGCAUGACCGGGGUCAAGAGCAAGGAGCUCCUCAUCUGGAUCACCCUCUGCGACAUGUACAUCGAGAAGGACGAUCCCUCCAAGAUCACCUUCAAGACGCCCACCGGGCUGGGGAGGACCUUCCCCGUCUCCGCCUUCGAGAAGCAGGACGACGGCAAGGCCAAGGCCGCAGCUGCCGACGGCAAGGAGGCCGUCGUGGCCAAGUAGGUGAGGACGGCCGGCAUACUCUACAAAGUUUCGAUCAAGAGUUCUCGAGUCCAGUUUUUACUAUAUACGACGAUUACUAUUUGCUGUAAUCUUUUUAAUAAACCACGCAUUAUAUAAGGCUGUAAUACUCUGCUCCGGUGUUUUGCUGAGGGUUGUAUCAUGCACAUGAUCGUGCCAUCUUUAUAAUCUUAUAUGUGCUGUUCGCUGCUUAA